CAUACAUACAUACAUACAUACAAGGAUACAUAUACACAUACAUGUACAACGAUAGAUAUUCAUGCCUAUAUACACAAGCCAAUAUCCUAUAUCUUUAAGAGUUUCAUAUCCUAAUUAACUUUUAAACUUUAUAUUCUUCAUUGAAACACAUCUAAUUAGUUUCAUUGAAUAGAAUGAUUACUUGUCUUUUAUCAUAAUAGAUCUAAAUUAAUCAUUGGAAUCUUGAAAAUAACAAAUUAUACUUUAUAUAAUUUGUAGUACUUUUCUGUAUACUAAAUAAACAAAUUACAUGAUACUUUCAUGAAUCCAAGAAAAAGACAAUUACACAUUCCUUUGUGACCAAUAAUAGUAGCACAUAUCUCUAUCCACAUUAAAUUAUUCAAUGAUAAUCGUAAUGGAACUUAACAUUGCAACUAUUUGCCAAGUUUAUGAACAUUGAAUUUAACACAUUAUUAUUUAAUUGAAAUUGAAAUAAGACAAAAACAGAUUUGUAUUGAAUUGGUCUUUCAAAUUCAUAUAAACAUAUAUAUAUCGUACUACAUAAACAUCCAUAAUGUUUCCAAUGACAGCAUUUCCAUUGAAUCCAGUGAAUUGUGGACGAUCAUCAACAGAUUUAAUAUGGCCUAAUACUGAAGCAUUACAGAAUAUUGGAUCUGCAUUGAAUUGUGAUAGUUUAUCAUAUAUUAAUAAUAAUAAUAAUAAUUCCUCAUUGUCUAAUCAAAAUUCAAUAAAUAGUAAUACAUCAUCAGCAUUAAUCACUAACUCUUCAAAUUUCCUUUCCUCACGACCUAAUUAUACCUGUACUCUUAAUCAAACUUAUCGACUACAAGAAAAUCGAAUUCAAACAGGUUAUUUAAAUGAAGAAUUAUCAGAUCAAUGUAAUGAUAAUAUUGUUACUACUACCACCACCACCACCAUCACCACAACUGCCACUCCUCCUCCUCCUCCUUCUAAUUGUAGUAACAAUAAUAAUGAUAAAUCUCAUAUAGAUAUCUCCAAUAAAUCAUCUACAUCUAAUACAAUGAUGAAAUCUGAAAGUUUACUACAAUUAAAUAAAUUCCCUUCAUCAUUAUGUAAUACAAUGAAAUCAGAUAAUUCCAAUUAUGAGAAUUGGUCAAAUGAUCAUAGAAAACGUCAUAAAAAAUCUAAAUUACAUUCUAUUAUUCAUACAGAUAAUAAUUUUAUUCAUAAUAAAUCAACUAUCAAUCGUAUAUCAACAGAGGAAACAUCACCUCAUUCAUUAUAUAUAGAUGAAUCUAUGAAUGAAAUGAUAUACAAUAAGGCAACUUCAUUAGAGAAUGAGAAAAAUCAAUUACAUUCAUUAGAAUCAUCUACAAUCAAUCUUGUAUCUAAGACAAAAUUAUCUAAUUUAAAACAAUUAACUAAUGAAUUAUCAAAUGAACAACAACCACAGCAGCAGCAGCAGCAACAACAACAACAACAACCACAGCAACAACAACAACAAUUUAAUUAUUCAUUUAAUAUGUUACCUACAAAAAUGACUGAUUAUACAAAUCAAUUAUUAUGUAAUGAAUAUAAUGAUAAUCAUUAUAAUAGUUUAUCAUUACAACAAUACAGUAAUAAUAAUCAUUGUCCACAAUCUAUUCAUCAUGAUAAAUCCCAAUUGAAUAAAAAUAUUAAAGAAUCACUAAAUCAUAUUUUAUCUACAAAUUAUUCAUUAAAACAUAAUCAUUCACAGAAUACAAUAAAUUCAAUGAAUGAAGAAGGAGUUGAUGAUGAUGAAGAAGAAGAACAAGUAGAAGGAGAACGAGAGGAAGAAGCAUAUAAAACAAUGAUUAAUACAAGUAAUCAUAAUGAUAAUGAUAUUGUUACAAAUUCUAUUUCUAUCAUGACUACUACAUCAACGCCGACGUCGACGUCAACGACGGCGACGACGACGAUGACGACUAUGAUUAAUACAACUAUUACUACAACUACAACAAAUAGUAUGAUUAAUAUAGAUAGAAGAUUAAAUGAUCCAUUAACACAUUCUCAUAAUGAAAUGAAUACAGAUACAUGGAAUACAUCUAUACCAUCAGAAUAUUCAACAAAUAUAUUACCACAACAUUUAGCUUCAUUCUAUUCGACUUGUUCAAAUGAGAUUGCAUUUAGAAAAAGUUUAAUAUUUAAUAAUCAUCAAAAUAUGAAUAUAGAAUCAACAAAUUAUUCCACAUACAAUAAUAAUAAUAAUAGUAGACAAGACUCAGAGUGUCGUACAUCUUCAUCACCAUUACCUUCUAUUAUACAAACUAAUAUAGACUUGAAUUCAAGUUCUAUGUUAAAUUGUAAUGAGGUGGAUAAUUUUAAUAAAAUAUCUUCGGAUGAAAUUAAAUUCAAUGUAAACACUAAUAGUAAUCAUAAUGAAUUAAAUGAAAUGAAUGCCAAUUCAAAGUUCAACAAUCCUAUACAGCAACAACAAUCUCAAUCAAGGAGAAUAAUUAAUGAUUCAUUAAUACAGAAUGAUUUAGACACAUGUAAGUCGAUACAUCAUAAUUCGAAUCUCCCUCCUCCUCCUCCUCCACACCAACAACAACAACAGCAACAACAUCAAAGACAAAGAGGAUUUGAAGAUGAUCAAAUGAUUGAUGAUUUAAGUGUAGCAUAUCAUUCAGCAGCAGCUAUGGCAGCAGCAGCUGUUGUUGCACAAGCAGCUGUAGCAAGUGCGAAUGUAACAAAUCAUCAUUUGGAACAUCAACAUCAUAAUCAUCGUCAUGAACAAUCAAUACAUCAACAUCAACAUUUACAUUCACAUCAAAAUCAACAUCAACAAUCUCAAUAUCUUGAUAAUGAACAUUCCAUGUUACAUACACAUAUGGAACAAUAUGGUGUACAUACUAAUAAUAAUGGUAAUAAUAAUGAUAAUGUUUUACAUCAAUCACAGUAUAAUAUGAUGAAUCAAAAUUUAGGAUUAUUUCCUCUUAUAAAUAAUACAAAUUCAUUGAAUAAUGCCCAGAAUAUAAAUAAAACAAUGAAAAAUAAAAAAUUAACAAUGACAGAAGGAAGAGAAUGUGUCAAUUGUGGAGCAACUAGUACACCGUUAUGGAGACGAGAUGGACAAGGAAAUUAUUUAUGCAAUGCAUGCGGCUUAUAUCAGAAAAUGAAUGGUCAAAAUCGUCCAUUAAUUAAACCUAAACGAAGAUUGCAAUCCUCUAGCAGACGUACUGGUACUAUAUGUUCCAAUUGUCGUACAAUAACAACUACAUUAUGGCGUCGAAAUACAAAUGGUGAACCUGUUUGUAAUGCAUGUGGACUUUAUUUCAAACUGCAUAAUAUUCAACGACCUAUUUCAAUGAAAAAAGAUGGAAUUCAAACACGUAAUCGUAAAGUUUCACAAAAAACAAAAAAGCAUAAAUUUGGUUUCUAUUCAGAAUUAUCUGAUUUACCAGUGGAUUAUUUAAUGAAAACACCUUUACAUAGAUUUGGUGCCGCAGCAGCAGCAGCAGCUGUUGCUGCUAAUCAUUUUGCAUGUACUACACGUGGUUCACAUACAAUUACACCGAAUUCACCAAAUUCAAUGUGUAAUCCAUAUUUAACUGGUUAUUUCUCAGAUAAUAAUAUUAAUAGUAACAAUACUACUACUACUAAUAAUAAUAUUUUGAAUGAAAUAAAACAUAAAGAUAUGUCAAGAAUUGAAGUUGAUAGUUCUGAUGAAACUGGACAGUUUACUGAUGUGACAAAAGCAUUUCAUGCUACAUUUGGAGGUCUAACUAAUAAUAAUAAUAAUGAUGAUAAUAGACAUUCCAAUCAUUUCUCUCUUAAUUCACCUCAUCCAACACAAAUACACCCUCAUCAUAUUGAUCACUUACAACAACAAUAUAUUCAGAAACAUCAAUCCCAACCAAUGAAUUCAAUGAAUUUCACAAAUGAUCCUUAUACACAACAUACAUCUAAUUUAAUGAAUAAUCAAAUGAAUGAAAAAUAUUCAAGAUAUCAAAAAUCUAAUUAUAUUACUGAAUUAGUUUAUAAUCAUUCAACGAAUAAUGAUCAGAAUACUAGUAAUAAUACAAAAUGUGAAUCAUUACAUAUGAAACCAUCAAAUAUCGUUCAUCAUCAUCAUCAUCAUAAUCAUCAUUCACCGACAGACGCAUUAAUACAAUGGCAUGCACAAUUACGAUCCACACCAAAUCAAUUGGAUGGAAGUGGGUCGAUAAAUUUUAAUUCUGCUUCACUAUAUAAUAAUUGUCAACCAAUCACACGACUGGGAUGUAAUAAUAAUACUAAUAAUAACAAUGGCAUAGUCGGUGGUAGUUGUAAUAGUAGUAAUAGUAGUAAUAGCAGUAGUAGUAGUAGUAGCGGUGCUAGUAUCACACAUUCCUAUUAUAAUCAAAAGAAUAAAAUCGAAUCUGAUCCCAUUGAUAAUAAUAAUAAUAAUAGUAAUAAUCGUAGUAUUAAUAAUAAUUUAAUUGAUUCUAUAAAUCAUUCAACGAUCAUAUCAUCAUCAACCUCAUCAUCAGAACGAUCAAUUCAUGGUACAGAUUUAUUAAAUCGUUAUAAAUUAAAACUUUGUACUGAUUCAUUAGAUUCAUCCAUUUCACCUCAUUCAAGAGGACCUAUUGAAAAUGGAUUAUAUUUAAGUAAUUAUCAUAUAAAUCAAACAAUGGAUACUAUAAAACAUCAACAACAAAAUCAAUCAAAUCAUUCUGAUUUAAGAGUAUUUCCAUGAAAAUUAUAUCCCUUGAUUGAUUGAUUGAUUGGUUGUGAAUUGUAGAAUUAUCCCUUAUGUAAUAUGUACAUGCUCCCAUAUCGAAUAUACUACUAUCCAUAUCAAUGAAUUGUAUACUAAUAAUGAAUGAUAAAUGAAAUGAUGUACAUUUUAACUUAUUUAGUAAGAUCAUCAAUAUUUUGCUCUUUCACUAUCAUCAUCAUCAUCACCAUCCAUAAUGAUUAUCAUUAACAUGAUCUAAAUAUGAUCCUGUUACAUAACUAAUUUUUGUUUUUGUUUUCUUUCUUUCGUUCUUUCUACAAAAUGAAAUUUCAUCAUUCAAUAAAAUGACAAUAGACUAAACUUUAUAUUCAAUUAGAAUUUUGAGCAUAUGAAAGAAGAAACAAAAAUAUUUGAAUAAUUGGUAUAGAAACAGGGCGGAUUUUAAAAAAAAACAAAAAAAAACAACGUAUAAUUCGUAUUUUGUUUAUUAUUUACAAUGGAGAACUUUGUAGAGUGAGAAGAUUGAAAAGAGAGAGGGAUAGAGAGAGAGAGAGGGUGAAUGAGUGAUGGAUAUACAGAAUAGAUUACUUAAUGACCACUAGUUUGCAUUUCAAUCCUUUAUAUAUAGAUAUACAUGAACAUAGUUCAAUUUAAUUGAGGUGUGUCUCUACCAAAACUAACUAUUCAAUUGAUGAUCUUUAUAAGUGUAAUCAUUGUUUCCAUUAAAAUCCAAUGGAAUCAAAACAAAAUUUAUGGAAAUUUAGAAAUCAGCAACACAAAGCAACAACAACAAAAUCGAAUAUUUCGAUCCAUGAAUACUAAAAAUAAAUAAAUAAAUGGAAAUUAGGCGAAACAAUAAAUGUGAAACGUACAUUCACACACACACACAUGAUAUCAUCAAUUGUUUAAUAGAAAGAAUUCAAGUCUAAUGGAUUAAAAUUCCGAUGUUCUUUUUCCUUGGAUUCAGACAAUUGAUGAUGAUGGUGACGACAACGACGAUUAUGAUGAUGAUGAUGAUGGUGUUG